GUAAUACUACAGACUGUGACCACAGGUCUGCUGGAUCGGCUGUUUGAUCAGAUAAGGGCGGGUUCGAUGCGUCACCUAAAGGGGUUAUUGACCACCCUUCGUGGCCUGCCUCUACUGAGUUCGGAAAUCAAAAGAAAGUCUCAUGUUGCUCCUCAGAAAACGCGUAUAGUGGCCUUCGUCGAUGGGACCUCCAGUGUAUGCGUUACAAGGCAACUAGCAUUUUGUCAUGGAAGUUCGUGAAAGAAUGUUCUUGUUUUUCGUUGGAAAAACCAACGCCGACGUCAAGAUCAGUCUCCUCGGGAGCAGAGCUGAAAAAGAUGGGAAAUUCCAAUGAUUCUUCGUUCAUUAGAAUGUCGAUUCCUCACAAUCGCUCUUUGUGAUGCUGCGGAACCAUGGCAAUUAGGAUCUCAAGACGCAGCAACACCUAUGAUGCAAGGAAUCAUUGACUUACAUCACGAUAUCUUUUUCUUCCUCAUUCUUAUUUUGGUUUUCGUAUCACGGAUGUUGGUUCGCGCUUUAUGGCAUUUCAACGAGCAAACUAAUCCAAUCCCGCAAAGGAUUGUUCAUGGAACUACUAUCGAAAUUAUUCGGACCAUAUUUCCAAGUGUCAUUCUUUUGUUCAUUGCUAUACCAUCGUUUGCUCUGUUAUACUCAAUGGACGGGGUAUUAGUAGAUCCAGCCAUUACUAUAAAAGCUAUUGGACAUCAAUGGUAUCGGACUUAUGAGUAUUCGGACUAUAACAGUUCCGAUGAACAGUCACUCACUUUUGACAGUUAUACGAUUCCAGAAGAUGAUCCAGAAUUGGGUCAAUCACGUUUAUUAGAAGUUGACAAUAGAGUGGUUGUACCAGCCAAAACUCAUCUACGUAUGAUUGUAACACCCGCUGAUGUACCUCAUAGUUGGGCUGUACCUUCCUCAGGUGUCAAAUGUGAUGCUGUACCUGGUCGUUCAAAUCUUACCUCCAUCUCGGUACAACGAGAAGGAGUUUACUAUGGUCAGUGCAGUGAGAUUCGUGGAACUAAUCAUGCCUUUACGCCAAUCGUCGUAGAAGCAGUGACUUUGAAAGAUUAUGCGGAUUGGGUAUCCAAUCAAUUAAUCCUCCAAACCAACUAAACCGGGGAAGCUGAAGCGGAAAUGCAAUUCUCGGGUGAGG